AUGGAGACGAGAUAUUAUGCACUCAUUGAAUGGGAGGAUAGUUAUGUCAGCAUUAUUGAUGUAAUAACAAUUCUUCAUCCGCGAAAAGAUGUUAUUAAAUAUCAAGAAGGUGAAGCUGUCAAGGCGAAAUUUAGGGGAGCAGUAUAUGAAGCAGUCAUAUGUGAAAUAAGUGAAGACAGAAAAUACUUGGAGGAUAUGAAAAAGAAAGGCCUUUUAAAACAUAGAUUCUGUGCAAGUCAAGAUAGAGAAGAAGGCCCACAAAAAAGAUUAAAGAAGAAAUAUAUUGAUAAUCCUGAUGCUGUAGUUCCACGCAGUACCAAGCAUUACAAACGAAAGAAAGAAUCAGAUAGUUUUGUCAGUGAACAUGGUGAAGAAGAAUGCCAGGAUGGAGAUGAAUUGAAUAUGCCUGCUCUGUCAGAAAUAGAGUGCGAAAUUAUAACUGAGAACCAAGAAAACAAUUUAGAUAUGCAUCAGGUUUUAGAGGUUCAAACAGAUGUUUUCCAGACUGAGGAUAACAACAAUACUAGGAAAUACGAAGGUGAUGACAAUCAGUUGUGUAUGAAUGAUGAUAAAUCUGAUGAAUAUUAUUCUAGUGUGGAUGGUCAUGAAAAUAACUUCAUCUCCUCAUCGGAUGAAAGAGAAUUUUCAGAUUCCUCAGAGUCAGACUCUUCAUUUUCUUGUGACGCUGAUGAACUUGAAGACAAAGUUGACUAUGAAGAUGUUGAAAUGAUGUUGUUGUCUUGUUUCUUAAGGAACAAUUUUUCUGCUAGUUCAAGUAAGGAUAUUUUAUCAACUAUGAAGAAGGCAUUCCCAGACUGUAGACCAUUGCAAGAACUAUACAGUAUGAUAAUUUGUGGAAACACCUGAAUGCAGAUUAUGCAUAUGAAGUACAUUAUUGUGAAAAAUGUUUCCACAUUUUCCCUGACAAUCAGGAAGUGACAACUUGCAGACAAUGUGACAGUCCUAGAUACAAGCAUGGGAUGAAUGGAUCCCAACUUCCUCGUGCUAGUUUUGUUUUUGCAAACAUGAAAACACAGUUAAAGAAUUUAUUGCAGUCUCCAGGGAUCUGGAAUGACAUAAAAGGAAACAAAGAAAGAAUUAGAGAAAGGCACUUGGAAAACCCAUUCAUUUUAACAGAUAUAACAGAUGGCCAAGUAUACAAGGCGUUAUCAUCCAAGGGAAGUUUUUUAGAUAGGAACAACAAUUUAACAGCACUGAUAAACACAGAUGGACUAAGUCUUUAUUCAUCAUCAAAAAUACAACUUUGGCCAGUUUUUAUAGCCAUAAAUGAAAUGACACCAAGUCUUCGAUUCGCAAGGGAGAACAUCAUUUUAGCAGGAAUUUGGCAAGGCAAGGGAAAACCACCAAUGCUGCAGUAUUUGGAACCUUUGUGUGCUAUUUUUAACGAUUUGUAUGAAAAUGGUAUUGUACUUGAUCUGGAUGACAGAGAGACCACUGUAAAAUUGAAAGUGUUGUGUGGGACAUAUGAUUUACCUGCAAAAUCAUCCCUUUUAAAUAUGACUCAGUAUAAUGGCAGUGAGUCCUGUAUCACAUGUGAAGAACCAGGAAAAGUAGUUAAACAGGGUAAAGGACAUUGCAGAAGUUUUCCUUACAGAGAAAAUCCUUACCCUAAACGAAAUCAAGAGACAGUCGCCAUGUGUAUGAGAAACAGUACCAGUGUCAACCGCAUAAAAGGAUUUAAAGGUAAUUCAGCCUUGCUCAACCUUAAAGAUUUUGAUAUUGUGGCAGGUAGUCCCCCAGAUUAUAUGCAUGGUGCACUGCUAGGAGUGACAAAAUCAUUACUGCAUAAAUGGUUAUCUCCAACAGAAAGUAAAAAUCCAUAUUUUGUGGGCAAAAAAUUGAAAACGAUAUCAAAACGAAUGACUGGAAUACAACCACCCCAGUGUAUGGAAAGAUUACCAAGAGACCUUGAAAAAAACUAUACGCAUUUUAAGGCAACUGAAUUACAAGCAUGGCUUUUAUAUUAUUCCCUUCCUUGCCUGCAGGGAAUCUUACCAGAUAUCUAUUUAGAGCAUUUUGCUCUUCUUUCGGAAGGAGUAUAUUUGCUUUUGAAAGACCAAAUAACAGGAGAGGAUCUAGAAAGGGCGGAAAAUGUUUUAGAUAUGUUUUUCAGACAGUUCUGUACUUUAUAUCGUGAGGGGACUUGUGGACUGAAUGUUCAUAACAUAGGGACACAUUAUGCAUACUAUGUUCAUUUGAUGGGUCCACUUUGGGCAUGGAGUUGUUUCCCCUUUGAAGAUUGCAACUCCAUGAUAACAAAAGCAGUACAUGGCACAGGUAAUGUAACACAUCAAAUCAUGAAAAUUAAAGAAGCUCAAACUUUACUGCGUAAUAGUCUUCAUUUAAAUACUAGUAUAAAGGAAAGAAGAAUCUGGAAAUUGAAAAGUAUGUCAAACUGUGAAAUUGCUGGGGCCAUACAAGAAAUUUCUGAUGAACAUCACAAAUAUAUCAUUUUAAACAUAUUGGAUACAGGUACACAGGAAGUUUCUGAUAUCAAGAAAGUUGAUAGAAUCCAACUUGAUGGCAAAAAAAUGUAUUCAAACAGUUACACUCGAAUGAAGAGGAGAUGUUGUCAUGUGUACAUUACAAAAUCAAACAGAUUUGUCUUUGUCCAGUAUUAUGUCUUACAUGUACAGACAAGACUAGUAUUCGCAUUUGUGCUACCAUUACA